AUGAAGUGGGUAAUAUUCAUCUCUUUGCUUUGCUUGGUAGGCUUUGCUGAGCUGAAAAACCUACCUAGAAGAUAUCGACAUACUGAUGACCAUCAAUUGCCUUUGAAUCGUGUCUUUGCAUUAACAAAUAAUGAGUUUGCUGGCCUUGCCCUAAUCUUAUUCACUCAAAGUGUACCAAAUGCCACAUUUGAGGAAGUUAAAAAACUGGCAGAAACUGCUGUAGCACUUUAUCAGAAAUGUCGUCAUACUGCUGAUUCAGGCACAGAAUGUACUAAACCUUUGAGUAUAGUUUUCUUGGAUGUACUCUGCCAUGAUGAAGAGUUUUCCAAUAAAUAUGGAAUUAAUGACUGUUGUGCUAAGGCUGAUCCAGAAAGAAAUGAAUGUAUUUUGUCCCAUAAACUUUCAUUCAAAGAAAAUGUUUCUUCCUUCGUUCACCCAACUGGAGAGGAAGCUUGCCAAGCAUAUCAGAAUAACCCAAAUGCUGUCCUAGCCAUCUUGCGUUAUAAGAAGACCAAAAGGUAUCUUCAUGCACCAGCUGUUCUAUUCCUUGACUCAGCUAGAAACUCUGAAAUCAUAUUGAAAGUUUGCUGCAUAGCAGAAAAUAAAGAUGCCUGCAUCCAGGAAAAGGCAAUAGAAUUUGAAAAGAAAUUCUGGAAAAUACUUGAUGAAUAUAAAAACACUUGUUUCAAUCUGGAGAAAUAUGGAAAGGAUACUUUAUAUACAUUGAAAUUUAUUGAGACAACAGAGAAGUUCAUCAAUGCUAAUCAGGAAACUAUAUCCCAUAUUGCUAAAGGUAUCGUGCACAUCUAUGAAGAAAACUGUAAGGGGGAUUCCCUGGAGGCUUUACUUUACCAAGUAGCCCUGGUAGAAUAUGUUUGUAAGAAUCAACUUGCUAUAUCUUCUAACCUCCAUCAGUGCUGUAUGCUUCAUCUUAUUGAAAGACCAGCAUGCAUUGCUAGUUUGGAAAAUGAUGCAAGGUCCCCUGAUCUGCCCCCACCAUCUGGAGAAAUCUUAAAGGAGACAGAAGCAUGUAAAUUGUAUGCUGAACAAGGAGAUGGACACAAGGAAAGCUUCCUUUUUACAUUAACAAGAAAUCACCCUGAACUUUCUAAGCUGCUUGACCUGGAAAUUUUGCAUAAAUAUGAAGAAUUGCUGCAAAAAUGCUGCAAAGAAGAAAACCAAGUACAGUGCUUGCAUACAGGGGAAGAACAACUUAAAUUAUAUAUUACUAAGAUUACAGAUGUUGUGAAGACUAAUUGUGAUAAUUAUAAAGAAAUAGGAGGGUACUUCUUCCAAAAUGUAUAUUUGAUAAAGUAUACCAGAAUUAUACCACAGGCUCCAACUUCAAAUCUAAUCGAGAUCACCAAAAGAGUGGCAAAGGUUGCUGAGAAAUGCUGUAAUUUAGAUAGUAAUCACCAAGUCUCAUGUGCUUUAGAAAAUACGGAUAAAGUGAUAGGAUCUGUAUGUAGAUAUCACAAAGAACAUUUCAUAAACAAACAACUUUGCCAUUGCUGUGAUUCCUCCUUUAUCAGUCGUUGGGAGUGUAUCAGUAACUUAGGACCAGAUCCAUCGUAUGUCCCUCCUCCAUUCAGACCUAAAGUACUGGAUGCUCCUGAAAAUUUGUGCUCACCCAAUGAAGAAACUGUGCAGGAAAGUAAACAAUGCGACUUGAUAAAAUCCAAACCUAAUAUCUCAGAUGAAAUGCUUGCCUCUGCAAUUGAAGCUUUCCGUAACCUCCAGGCAGAUUGCUGUGCAGCUGAAAACAAAAAGGAAUGCUUUGACACAAAGGGUCAAAAACUGGUUGAAGACAUCCAAAAUGAUCAUAUAAUUCAGUAA